CCCACUGGGAAGCUAAAAAAAUUUUUAAUAGUAUUACGUAUUAUUGAAUAUUAUAAUUUGAUAAUAAUAUUUCAUAAAUAUUAUUAUAUUUAUGGAACCAUGGGGAUCACAGAUAAUAUGACAGACUCUUGGCUAUCUUGUCCAAAUUUGAUUAUAACAACUGACACUGAUAUUGAAGAAGAAAUAGAGGAUACACGUAUUUUUAAUACUCAUCAAGAAAUUUAUCAAUUAAAUAAUGUUCCCCUACCAGCCACUACAACAGAGACUUUAUUUAGUGAUAAUAUACCUACUCGAGUAAAUGAACGAGCUCAUAUAAGUAUAAUAGAUAUGAACAGACAAAGAUCAGAUGAAUAUCAAGCCUUUUUUGUUUAUGAAGAUCUAUUUUCAAGAUAUGUAAUUUUAAAACCUCUUAAAGAAGUAUCAGAUAUUGAAGUCAUUGAAAAAUUGAUUGAUAUUUUUUUUUUGAUUGGUGCUCCCAAAAUCCUCCAAAGCCAUCAUGGCAGAGGAUAUACUGCAAAUUUAGUUCGAAAAUUAAGAAGAGUAAUUCCAACAUUAAAUACUGUUCAUGGAAAUAUUUUAAGAUGGAGCGAACAUCGUAAAGAUUUUAAAACUCUAGUAGAAUUAUGGGAACAAAAAAAUUCUCCGAUGUUAUGGUAUGAAGGACUUAAUUUUAUUCAAACUUCUAUAAAUACCUCUGAAAUUUCCGAGAGUGAAAGUGAAACAUCACACACAACUCCUGCUAAAAUAUUUUUUGAAUCAAAUCUAGAAGACGAUCUUGUACAGUUGGUACGUGAUGGGGAUUCUUUUGAUGAAAUCUGGACAGAAGAAGAUUGGAUGAACGAAAUAACAAAAAAUAAUUUCUCCAAAAAUUGCCAUAAAGAUUUAAGUGAUGGGGUUAAAAUGACAAUAUCUCAUGAUACUGAGAAGACUGAUAAAGUAAAUGUUGCAUAUUCGUCUACAGUAGAGGAAAAAAGACUUGAUGAUAUUGAAGUUGAUAAAUCACCAAUAUUAACUUCUUCAAGUUUUAAUGAAUCUUUAGAUAGUAAUGAUACAAAAGAAAAUAUUGAUACUUCUAAUUUACCUAGGGUACAAAAUAAAGCGUUAAUUGAAAUCCAAAAGACUGGUAUAAUUGCCAAAAAAUCUGCUGUCUCCAGCAAAAACAUUUUCAAAUGUAGUAAGUGUAAUCGAAUUUUCAGGCGAAUAAAUCAUUUAAUGAAUCAUAUGAGAAGUCAUAAACCAAAAUUAAAAGAUAAAAAUGAAUAUAAGGAUGAUGUAGUUUUACCUGUGAAUUCAGAAACAGAUCAGCUAACAAGUAACUCUGAAAGAAUACUGAAUAAUCACAUUGAAACACAAAUAACAGAUGAACGAGAAGUUACCAGUAGUGCUGAAGAUGAAAUAAAUUGUAAUGGAAAACCUACUUCAUUAUUAACUAAAUCAAUCAAAAUACGUAGCAAACCAACGUUGGAGUGUACAUUUUGUGACAAAAAAUUCACUUUUCGUAGUGUUUUGGAAAGGCAUUUGCGAAUUCAUACUAACGAAAAACCAUACUUUUGUAAAAUAUGUAAUAAAAAUUUCAAACAAUUUGGUCAUUUAAGUCAACAUGCAAUGGGACACAUAGAUUUUCGAUCAUUCCAAUGUACCAUAUGUGAUCAUAAAUUUGAAUCAUACCAAGUAUUGAAAGAUCAUAUAAUAUCUCACAAAAAUGAUAAUAGUCAAAUCAUGAAAAUUCAGAAACCAUAUCGUUUAUAUGAAUGUGAUAUUUGUAAGAAAGUAUUUUCAGCAAAAAGUGUUUUGGAGCGACAUAUUUUUACUCAUAUUCAUGAUCGCCCCUAUAGUUGUAAAAUAUGUAAUAAAAAAUACAAACAAGCAGGACAUCUUAGGUCUCAUAUGUUAGUUCAUACAGGAGAGAAAAAAUUUGAAUGUACAAUUUGUUUCAAACGAUUUAGCGUUUCACAUGCAUUGAAAAUACAUCUUCUCAUUCAUACUGGAUACAAGCCAUAUCAAUGUAAAAUUUGUGAAAUGAGAUUUCGGGCAAAAAGAAAUCUAGAUUCACAUUUAUUGACUCAUACUAAUGAUAAACCUCACGUAUGUACAAUCUGUGGUAGAAGAUAUACUCUAGCUGAUACAUUAAAAAGACAUAUUACAAUAGCGCAUGUGAUUGGUAAAACCUAUCAGUGUGAAAUUUGUGCUAAAAUGUUUAGUCAAUCAGGACAUCUUGAUGCACAUAAAAAAGUUCAUAAUGAUGAACGACCUUUUCAGUGUUUAAUUUGUGAUAAGAGUUUUAAACAUAAUAGUGUGCUUAAAUCGCAUCUUUUAUGUCAUUCUAAUUUCAAACCUUUUGAGUGUGAUUAUUGUAAAGCUACUUUUUCUAGAAAAAAUAAUUUAAAAAAUCAUAUUCUUUCUGUUCACAUGAAUGAACGACCAUAUUUUUGUUGUAUAUGUGGUAAAAAGUUCAAAACAAGUAGUCAUUUGACGACACAUAUAAUGAUUCAUAGCAAUCAUUCAAUUUAUCAAUGCCAGUAUUGUGAUAAAACAUUUUAUGGACUCGAUUAUUUGAAACUACAUAUGAGACGACAUAAAAAAAAUUUUGAAUAAUUUUAUGAAAAUAUAAAUUUUAUAGAAAAAUUGUUACAACUAUAAGGAUGUUUUUUUUAUGUUUUUAUAUUUGAUUUAUUUUUUUACUCUUAAAAAUAUUUAUAAAAUAAAAUGCCUUAUAUACUUAAUUUUAUAAUUCAGUAGUAAGUAAGAUAAAAUAGAUGAAGUAAUAUGUAUAAUAUUACAUGAAUAUUUUUUAAAUUAAACUAAAUAAAUUUCAUUCAAUAUGAAACAAAAACUCGAAUUUUAAUGGACAAAA